AGUGUGAAGAAGAAACAGACGAUUGAUAAAAAACCAUGUCUUUAUCUUCGUCUCUUACAAUGAGCUCCACAGAGUGUAAAGAGGGAGAAGAUAAAAAUUUCAGGUCUCAAUGUAGUGGCAAAAGAGAGGCUUCAAAGGGAUCAGGGAAGAAGCGAUGCAGAGCAUCUAGGGUUACUCCGACUAUUGUGGUGACCACAGAUGUUUCGACUUUCAGAGCAAAGGUACAGAAAUUCACAGGAAUGCAGUGUUUGUCUAAUGAGAAUAGUAGUGAAAUAGCACCAAAUCCCACUGCCCCAGCACCCCUUAAGCCCAUGGCCAAGCGCCCUCUUGAUCAGAUUUUGCCUGGUACAAGUUCUAGUUAUGACAAUUUCAAUAAUACAAGUUUCUGUCCCCCCACUAAUUUCACUUUUCCUUCUAUGGGUUCCAACAUGUCUUUACCCAGUUUUUCCUUCCAACCUCUCUUUCAACAGCAGCAGCCGCCACAGCCGCCUUCUAACAAUGGCCUGUUCUCUUUGCAUCCUUUCUUUAACACCCUUACUGCGAAUAUGAAUAAUACACGGUCUAGUUAAGCCCCUUUGAUCCCAUUGUAUGGCAUGUGUUUGUCAGUUGAUAUUGGGAUUCUGGAUGGGCUUUGGGUUAUCAAGGUUAACAAAGAGAUGUGUUUUCUCUGUGGAUGAAUUCUUAUCUGAUGUAUGUUAUUUUCUCAGAUCCAGCUUUUUGCUUCCACUCAGGGUACUAAUGGAAGUGGUCCAUAGAAAGGAGGAGAAACUAUACCGUAUUGUAAUGAUCUUAAAUGGAAUUAAUAGAUUAAAGUUUUCUGUA